GGCAACCCUCAAGAAAUGACAGGUGGAGGUUUAGCCGUUGGAACAGUUCUUUUGAUUGAGGAGGAUAAAUAUGAUACUUACUCACGGCUGCUCUUCAAGUUCUUCCUGGCCGAGGGCAUCGUCAGUGGGCAUACUUUGUUGGUGGCGUCCGCCAAAGAGCACCCUGCUGGCAUUUUACAGGAACUCCCUGCACCGUUACUUGAUGAUAGUUAUAAGAAAGAAUUUGAUGAAGAUGAAUGUCAUAAAACUCCAGAAUCUGAUGUGAAGAUGAAAAUAGCUUGGCGGUACCAGUUAUUACCCAAGAUGGAGGUUGGACCAGUGUCAUCUUCAAGAUUUGGUCAUUAUUAUGACACAUCCCAAAAGAUCCCACAGGAGCUGCUUGAGACUGCAAAAUGGCAUGGGUUCUUUCUUCCAGAAAAACUGUCUUCGCCUGGCAGCAUAGAACCCUGCCACUUGACCCAUGGCUACAUGAAGCUCCUUGAGUUUAUCAAGAGCAUCAUUUCUGAGGAAGGAUUUGAUGGAUCCCAUCACCAGCAAACACAGAAAAGUAUUUUAAGAAUAGGAAUCCAGAACCUCGGCUCACCCCUAUGGGGAGAUGAUGUUUGCUGUACAGAAACCUGUGGCGCCAGUCACAGCCUCACUACGUUCCUCUAUGUUCUCCGCGGUCUCGUGCGGGCCUCACUCUCGGCCUGCGUCAUCACGGUGCCCACACACCUGAUCCAGAAUAAAGCGAUCACUGCUCGUGUUAAACACUUGUCAGAUACAGUAGUGGGCCUGGAAUCGUUCAUUGGCUCGGAGAGAGAGACCAGCGCCCUCUGCAAGGAUUAUCAUGGUUUGAUUCAUAUUCGGCAGAUUCCUCGGCUUAAUAACUUGAUUUGCGAUGAAUCAGAUGUCAAAGACUUAGCUUUUAAGUUAAAAAGGAAGCUAUUUACCAUUGAGCCCAUAGCCAAGCUGUCAGCUGCCCAGCCGGAACCUGGAUCCCCUCCUCUCGGAAGCUCGCUUGGACCAGCAGGGCUGCGGGGGACUCGACGGUGGCAGGUUCAGAUUUGGCAGCACCCUGGGGACAUUAAUCAAUCAGAAGACAUAAACCAGCCAAUCAUUUCUCCAACAAGAUGGCUCGGCUGAGAAGAAUACUGCAAUGGAAAAUCGAUGUGGACCAAACUGAAAGUGGAGGAACUGGUCGUGUUGUGGGCUCCUCUUGGGCCUCUGUAGUUCAGCCGCUGGUGCCGUGGGUGAGCCCGGCUUUGCUGAUGGCGCCCACUGGCCCACCUCCCCUCUUUUCUGUCACCCCUCAGUGUUGCAGUGUGGCCUGCAGUGCUGCAGGCUCCCUGUGGACUCAAACCGGGUGAAGAAUUACAGUUUUCACCGCAGUUCGUGUCAUUGCCGUGUUCUAAUACACAGCGUGUUUUAAAUAUUUCAGCAGCUAAGAUGCCUCUCCGAUAAAACCACACUUACCCAGCUUGGCCAUUGGAUUAGAAAAGCCUCCCACAAAGACUUUUCGGUAUUCUGUGUAUUCAUUCUUUUAUCCAAGCACCAAAACGUAAGAAUUCAGGAAGGAGGAGGUAGCCUUGAAUAGGGUAGCCCGCUGAGGGACACCGAGCUGCGUGAGUCCCUUCCGAGGUGCCCGGAGUUUGUGGUCACCAUGCUGGUGCUCCUGGCCUGUCCUCUGUCACUGCGUGUGACAACAAGGAGGAAGAGGAGGGGUGCUGUGGGCCCCUCAGGCGGUGCCAGUGAAGACAGAAGCACAGGUCCUCCUGUUCAGAACGUCCAGGAGGAAGUGCGGCUCCAUCGCAGGAGCAGCCUGUCCCCCUGCGCCUGCAUGACCCUGGGCUGGCGCCGUCCGCACCCACAGAGGCCCUGCUCCUUCGGGCGCAGGCCCUGAGGGCCUCACCCAUGUCUCGGGCCAGCAGUGGGGAAGUCGGCCGGGCACCCCCUUUCCCCUAGGGUGUGCGCCCAGCCCUGACCCCAGGGACAGGGCAGAGAGGGGCACCUGGGGGUGGGAAGCAGCUGGGAAGGCACUAGGAAAGCGCCAUCCCGGGAGGCGGGACAGGGCUGCAGCCUCCCCUGCCCCACUGACCAGAGUAUCAAGGCAGGAUUCGCAGUGCGCUGGGCCUCCUGAGCGCAGGUCUGUGUGAUGCUCACGAGGCUGCAGAUGGACCCCGACUAUGCGUGGAGUGAACAGAGGAUGGCGGUGCUGGUGGAAGCGCUGUGUGGAUCGCUCGCCUGUCCUUGGCGGUCUGGGUGUGCGUCUUGGCCCCAUCUCGCAGGUUGGGAAGCUGCUGACCGAGGCACACUGACGAUUGGGGUGCUGGAGACCCAAAGCAGCGCAUAACGAGACCUUGCGGAGAAAGUGGGGCUCCUCUGAGUGAGGCACUGCCGGAGGCUUUGUCCCCAAGCGCAUUUCUAGAAGAUUCUGGAUUCCAAGUUGAGCACGAGUACCUCAGGCUAAUGAGCUAUUGCCUCACUGAGCUGGAACAUCGAAGGCAGCUCUCAGGGACAUCGAGGUUCCAGCCCCAGCAUCUCUAAAGCAAACAAAAAGCCGCGAUCAUAAACUGAGCUCUGUGUUAAGGAGCCAGAGAGAAUAAAUGCAAAAGAAGCAGAGGGAUCUGUGGGCGCCCCAGGACUGCACUGUCAGAGAGCCUGUGCCACUACAGCCUGAGACCCUCCGCUUGGGCACUGCACAGGCUCAUGACUGAGGUGGUGACACAGGCACCUGGAGCUCCACCCCGGGCAGCCGGGUUCCCGGGCACCACUGCCAUCUGCCUGUAGCCCCGUGGGGAAGCCUGGCAGGGCAGCGAUGUGGGGGAAGGGUGUCAGCCCAGGCACCCUUUCUGUGCUCCCCUGUUAGAGAUGAUGUUCUGUUUCUUGUGUAAGUGCUCAUGCUGGCCCCUGCCGUCUCACCCUAACUGGCCAGGCUGCUGGAGGAUGACUACCUCAAGUGAAUUUAGUGCUGUAAAAUCUAGCCUGAUGCUACUGGAAGGACCGCCAGGUCAACUUGUCCAGCCACCUAAUUCCUCAACACUUCCGCUCCACAUCUCCGAGACACGUGCUCAUUCUCUGCUGAGAAUUAGAGAAACCUGCAGGUGUCCAGGCCAGGUGUGAUGCCACCGCCUGCCACCUCUUUUAUGCCCUCACACAAAGGCGUGAAAUCAGAGCCAGGACCAACGUGCUAAACCUGUUCCUCGAGGAAUUGGUGCAGGAGGUGCAUCCUGGGAGCACUGUCACUUGCUCCUUGCUGGACAGCUUCGGGGACACUCUCCUACUGACAUGCUGUCCUGGGUACAACAAAGUCUCCAGUGCAGGUUCCCUCCCAUCCCCUCUGCCGCCUGCCUGAUACAGAGUGGAGCGGGAGGCUUCCCGGUUUAACAAGGCGGAAGGAACUGGAGAGCGGAAUCUACUUCUGAAGAUUCUGCCCCUCCUCCUGUGCAGGCCCCACUUCCUCCGAGUCGGUGCACCAGGAAAAAGCAGCAGGCAUGUGCAUGGUGUGAGUACUUCUCUGGCCACCUCUGAGGCUGAGGGCCCAGCGCCAGCACUCUCAGGCUGGACAUGUGCCCCAGAGGUCCUAGGAACUUAGUGUUCCCAGUGUUGGCCCCAAGUGACCAUCCCAGCCUCCUAUGCCAGGCAGUCACUGGGGAGCCUCCUGGGUACUCCCCGAGCGAAAUGAGGCGUGGGCACUGGUGUUCUCUCUGCCUCCCUCUAGACACAGGGACAGCUCAGAAUGUCCUGUGCCUGAGCAGGUGAUGAACGGAGCUGGAACACUGAGCUUUCCAUCUUGAAGGCACAGCCAGUGUGAGUAGGUUCCUCCAAGCCUUCCUGGCACCGGUGAAACCAGCUUCAAGGAUAGAAUUUCCACUGUAGCAUUUAUGCAUGGUGGAGUACUACUCUGCCAGAAAGAAGGAUAAGCUUGAGUCAUUUGUAGGAAAGUGGAUGCACCUUGGGCUCAAAUGUCAUAUGGUGUCUCUUCUAUAAGAAACCCUGAGUACAAAUAAGAGCAAGAUAAAAGACAGGAUAGGGGAAGAAAGAAGAGCCAUCUCCUCAUGCCACAAGCCCUGCCUUUCCACAGUUCUGGUGUCCCCCAGGUGUAACAAUUCCCAAUUUGA